CAGUUCACGAACAUUCGAGAGCUCUACCAGAAGGUUGAUAGCAUUGCCAGGGACAUCGACUUCAUCAUUGUCACACAUGUUACACCUGCUGAUUUCAGACUCCUCGAGGAUCAUCAUGAACCUCACCGUAAGCUCCGCUUUCGCCGGUACGAUGCUGAUGUAGAGAUUCUCUUCGUGGUUAUCCCUCGCAGACUUCAUGAAGUCCUCCAUCUUCAGCUCAACUCAAUCUACACCGAGAAACUUGUUCAUAUGGGUUUGAGACGCGAGUGGCAAACAGGCGGUGCGACUACAUAUUACGAAAGAAGUGGGAAUCAUGGUGGGCGCCGUAGUGGACAAGGUGAUUCUACUGGUGGCCCAUUUCCAGAACGCAGUGCAGAAGACGCCUGCCCUACCCUCGUUAUCGAAGCUGGGUAUUCCGAGUCUCUGCAACGCUUACGCAACGAUAUGCAGUGGUGGUUCUCUGCAUCCAACCAUGGCGUUAAGAUUGUGUUGCUAGUCAAAUUCGAUCCUAGACGACAGGAGAUUCUUCUCGAGAAAUGGGAAGAAGAACCUCGAGGCCAGCGACCUGGAGCAGCCACAACCCGAUCUAUGGGAUCGUUAGCACCAGUCAAGCGACAAACGGUUACUAUCACGAAGGACCCAACCAGUCCAGAUACUUAUAACGUUGCUAGAGGCGCAUUGGUAUUGUCUUUCAGACUUCUGUUUCUUCGAGACCCAAACCCUGGAGAGGGAGACAUCGUUUUCAGCAUCCAGGAUCUGGAAGAAAUUGCCCAAAGCGUGUGGCGAGCUCUUCCACGCAGCUAAUUAGAAGUCGGCAUGGACAUGGUCGCAGUUCACCACUCUCUACAACACCCAGGGAGUAAUUUUCUCAGUUCCCCAAUAAAGCAGUACAUACUGUACUAUUCAGUGUGCAAAUUGAAAUCAGCUGUACUCUAAUAAAUUAA